AAACUCAUUUGCAUGGCUGUUAGCUUUUGGUGCAGCUGAGGGGGGGUCAUUGUUUCAAGCCACGCUUUCCAUGCUAUGCUACUUUCCAUAAAAAAAAUUAUUGAUGAACUCACUUAGUCACUUUUGGGUCUCUGUGUUUCAGAUUAGGUGUCUAAUUGAAUAUUGCUCUGACCACCUCAGAUAAUUCUCUGUGUGUGGCUCAUUUAAAUAAUCAUCCAUCGAUGUUUGCUUGUAAUCUUGUAUAGUUUAUGUGGUCUAAUUUUACGAAAUUUCGUAUCAUAAAGUAUUGAACUGUUGAUAAUAAAGUGUGGGAAAUAGUAAUUUCUUUGGUCCUUGCUUACUAAACAAAGGAAAAGAAAGUGAAACCUCCCCUGCCUUCCAACUUUAUCAGUUCUUUCCUUUGUCCUACUAAAUUAAAUAAAGUUGCAUACUUUCAUCAAUGGUUUCAAAGUCUCUCUCUCUCUCUCUCUCUCUCUCUCUCUCUCUCAAAAUAGUAAGUUUGCAACUACCAGCUCUUCCAUGGAGUUUAGGACACCCUAAACUCGCAUAGAAAUGCAGGUGCUUCUGCCUCAAACCCAAUAUACCUCACUAUUCUAUACCCACUAUUCCACCUUUACACUGGAAUUUGGAGCGUUAAGAAGGAAAACUCUGUGUGGUUCCUUAAUCCCUGAGUAAAGUUGGGUUCUUGUGGGCUUUUCUACUGAUGAUGAUUCUCCAGUCGUAAAGUAAUGGGCUUGGAUUGAACUUGGGUUUAGUUGAAAUCUGUUAAAGUUUGGUUCUUUUACAUUUAAUGGAGUCUUGGAGCUGUAUCUCUGAAGGGAAGGGUUUUGUACCUGAUGAAACAAUUUCUCAUACUGAUUCACUUGCUAGAAAUAGAAGUGCUUUGAUGGGUUGGGAUUUGAAAAUCCCAUGUACUUUUGAAAGUCAAGGUUUUGGGGAAUUGGGUUUGGCAGAAAUGUUGGGCAAACAUCUACCAAGAAGUACAACAAGUAUGGGUACCCUAAAUCCAUUUUUUGGAGAAGAUGAAUCCACUUCAAAGCUUUCAAGCUCUAUUGUUGAAUCCAACAGCAGGGAUUCUUCACUCUUUGAUUUAAAACUAGAUGCUUAUACUUCUAAGUCAUCAAAAAAAGCUUCGAUUUUUUCCACAUCCGAGUCAUCUACACCUGCAAAGAGAAUGAGGGUAUCAGGAGUGUACUCCCCGACUGCUUAUUGCCAGGUUUAUGGCUGCAACAAGGACCUCAGCUCCUCUAAGGACUACCACAAGAGGCAUAAAGUUUGGGAGGCUCACUCGAAGACCGCCAAAGUCAUCGUCAAAGGCAUAGAACAGAGGUUUUGUCAGCAAUGUAGCAGGUUCCAUUUGCUGGCUGAAUUUGAUGAUGGUAAGCGCAGCUGUCGUAAACGCCUUGCAGGACACAAUGAGCGCCGGAGAAAGCCUCAAGUUCGUAUUCAUUCCGGAAGAGAUGGGAGGUUGCUUCAGUCAUAUAGUGGCAGCAGUUUUCCGGGGACUAUGUUCACAGCUGCAUCUUUCGUCUGCCAAGAUAUACUCCCUAGUAGCAUUUUAGAUGCUGAGAAUUACAGAACAAGUGACUGCAGGCGUAUAAAAGUGGAAGGUGGCACUCAGCAAAGGCCUUUGUCAGGAGUGCCUGUUACAAAUGGGCAUCUGCAUUUGAAACCGGUAUUCUCUUCUUAUGACAAUGGAAAACAAUAUCCCCCAGUUCAUGUAAAUGGAACUAAUAAUCUUCCUAGUGGAAGCAUACUCGCUGAGACUGGUAGUCAGUAUCCACAUGAGUUGAGAAGCUUAAAUUCUGGUUCAUGUUCUAUUUAUCAUGAGGUUGCAUUAGGAAGUGAAGACUUCAAUGAUCUCCACACAACAGCAUCAACCGUGCAAGGAUUAUCGCGCAUUCCAGACUCCGGUUGUGCUCUCUCUCUUCUGUCAUCUCAAUCACAGAACUCUACAAGCCAUUCUUCAGGAAUUCCUAUUGCUCGUCCCUUGGUAAUGCCUGUCAGCCAUACACAUUACAACCUCAGACAAGUUUCUGAUAAGCUUUCCUCGCAGGCUUCCACAAGUGGGGUGUUGAAUAAAUUUCCUUCUUCGGGUCCCAUGAUUAUAUCUGCUGGAAGUGAUGCUGAUAAUUUUGGAGUCUCAAAUGGGAUUUUCCAAGGAUCACAGUUUUUGAACCCCAAAGAUCGUCGAUCAUGUGAUGGUGGGACUACUAUUGACUUGCUUCAACUUUCAUCAGAGCUCCAACGAGUUGAGGAUCAACGGCAAUCCCUGCAGGUGAAGAAGGAAAAUGACGCUUUCUGCUGCCUCUGAAGUCCGAAUCAUGUAAAGUGAUCUCUAAGUAAGUUAAGUGGAUGAGUAAUUUGAUUUUACUCUGACAACUCAAGCCCUAUCCUCAGUAUUUGCUUUUACUUGGAAGUGAAGGUGCAUUGUUUCACUUGGCCUAUCGUGUCACAUCCCUACAAAUCCCACCAUGAUGUUGACAAAUUUGCUUUGAUCUCAUUAAUACAUGCCAGAUUGAACAAUGGAUAUUUCUGUUUGAUAGCUUUUGCUCUUCUGUUUAUUUCAGACAGUCAAAUAUUCUUUUUGAGGUGAGAUGGGAAGCAAUCGAAAUAUCCAAGUAUGUCAAAGUUGGGAACUACUCCACCAUGGAUCUCCAAUGACAGUAGCACUUGCAGAGGUCAAGAAGGAACUUUUAGCAUAUCAUUCUAACCUGCUGCUUAACGACUUGGUAAUAGGAAGUCAUAUCUAAGUAAGAUUGACUCCUUAUUAUACUAGCGUCAGUGUUAAGUUGUAUACUAAAAUAAAUGAUCCCCUAACCUCCUAGCUAGCUUCUCUUUGUUCUCUGCAUUCUUAUGAAAUUUCAUGACAA